UACCGCCCCAGUUAACGUGGUGACCAGCCCGGAUCUGAAGUAAGCGGAAUGAAGUCUCCAAAGAUAAAGGAGAAACUGGACGACACAAUCGAGCCAGAACCCGAGAAGACUUAUGAGGAAUUAGUGGCGAAUGUAAAUGCAGUUGCACAGCCGCUGGCAUCGAGGAAGCUCACCAAGAGGCUUUACAAAUGUGUGAAGAAAGCUGUGAAAGUGAAGCAGAUACGCCGAGGAGUGAAGGAAGUUCAAAAAUUCAUCAACAAGGGUGAAAAAGGGAUAGUUGUAUUGGCUGGUGAUACAAUGCCAAUUGAUGUUUACAGCCACCUUCCAGUUUUGUGUGAAGAUAAUAACCUUCCCUAUGCCUACAUUCCUUCCAAAGUGGAUUUGGGAGCUGCUGCUGGAACCAAACGACCAACCUGUGUAAUACUGAUCAAACUUCAUGAUGAUUAUAAGGACUCUUACAUUGAGUGUUUAAAUGAGGUGCAAGCACUGCCCCAUCCUGUAUGAAGAAAUGUGUCAACAAUAUUACAGCCCUUCUCAACUAACUGCAGUGAUAUCGUAUGCGUUGUGAUAAGCAGUGCAUCAGAAGAAUUUGUACAAAUCCCUUUUUUAAUUAUGCUGAUUUAGCAAAUAAAUUGAUGUCCUUUUAUUGA